AUGUUAUACGUACAAGAUUUACAACAGAAUCGUCGGAAUAAUAUAAAAGAAUAUGAACGUCUUCGUUCGUCAGCUGAUCAAAAUUUUUUACUUUGUAGUAAUCAAUAUACAGAAAAAUUAUCUCAAUCAUCAAUUCAUACAUCAACACCAAAUGUUAAUCAAGAAGGCACAUCUACAUUAGUAUUAUUAACUCGAAUACAAUCAUUAUUGUCUCUUAACAACAAUAAUAACAGUGACUUGUCCGUUUUGAAUACUAUUUCUUUAAGCAUGCAACAAGCGGGUCUCCUCUAUGCUAUCGAUGCAUUACCUACUGAUACACUUGGAGUUGAGGGACAACGUGUACGACCUCAGGCAGAUUCAUUUUGGUCAUAUUAUCCUGGAGAUGUAGGAAUAUUCUAUAAGAAAACAUCUAGUUGGAAACCACAAAAUUCUCGGAUAACACGAGAGAACAAAGAUUAUAUGACAGCUUUAGCAAAAGGAAUUACACGAGAUGACAGACAACAAGUAGCGUACGAAACUAAAGAUGGAUCUUCAUCUCGUUGGCAACAUCCUUCAUCGAAUAAUCUUUCUCGACCAGCAACUGGAAAAUCAGGAACAAUAGGUCGACCACCUACAUCAACAAGUGAUCGUAGUAGAAUGUCUUCGACAAAUUUCUCUGAGACUACUAGUAGACCUACAACUGCUCCAGUAACAAUUGAUAAGUUGUCUCGUCGACUACAUACAGGCAAAGUGAGGACAGUUAUUGCCGCUCGACCUCCGCCACCAGCACCACCUCCACCUCCGCCUCCACCACCACCACCGUCAGUACCAUUUCGUGUUCCACGUUUAAUUGAACCAUCAGGAAGUUCUAAUAAUUCAAUCAUUCAUUCAUUUGCCGAUGGAUUUAAAUCACCUAUAUACAAAAGUGAUAGUAAUUUUGUUCAUCAAUUAUGUUUUGAUAAAAAAGAUAAUGUCAUCGAUCAACCUAGUAGUCGUGAGACAUCUAAUCAUAUUCCAACUAAGGAGACUACCAAUACGCGAGAAGAAUUAAUUGAAAAUGAUCAACAUGAAAAUAAAACUAAUAAUCUUGAACUUGUCACUAAUCUUGAUUUAUGUCAACCUGAUUUUAAUAGUGAAAAUAUCGAAAUGGUAGAUGAUUUACUCGGCUUAGAAAGUCCACGUGAAGAUGUAGAAGAAACUGAUCAACGUACUACUGAGCAGCGAGAAGAAGAAGAAGAAGAAGGUGAUGAAGAUAUUCUUCAACGUGAAAAUGAUAUGGAUGAAUAUUUAUUUGAGUUAGCAACUGAUACGUCAUUAUCUGUUUAUGAUUAUAAAAGUCCAUUUACUGAAGAAUACGAUCAAAUUCUUUCUAACCAAUCACAAUUUCAAACAAAUAAUGGAAAUAAUGAUUCGAAUUUAAGAGAUCUUUAUCGUGAUAAUAAAAUUAAAUCUGAACGUGAUCCUAAUAUUAAAGCUGUUUUUGAAAAAUGUAUUAAAUUAGCAAGAUUACAAGCAAAUACAAUCAAAUGGGAACAACGACGUCGUCAAAAUCUAAUGACAUAUAAUCGUUUAUUAAAAAAUUCAACUCUAGAGACUAGUACAACAAAUAUAGUUGGAAAUUAUUCAUCUAAAAAUAACAAUAAUAACAAUAAUAAUAAUGAUAUGCGAGAUAUAAAUGAACUAAAACGUGAUUUACGUUGUAAUGAAUGUAAACGUGUAACAUGUCUUGGUAAUUGUGCACCCGGUCAAAAUUAUCAUUUCUAUAAACGUAUUGUUUCAUCGAUACCAAAUCAAACAUUUUCAUCAAGACAAUCAUCAAUAUCAAAUGGAUUAAAUAAUCGUUGUAAAUCUGGUUAUACAACAUAUCCAAUGAAUUCUUCUCGAAAUUCAACUGAUCUAACGAAUACUUAUACGAGUGUAACAACUUUAAAUACGAAUACGAAUGCAAAUAAUCGUAUUCGAUCAUCAAGAACAACAUUUUCUAUGGGUCAAAAAACUCAACGAUCAACAGUUGAUUUACGUCCACGUUCAGUACGUAAUGUAACACGAGAUGUGAAAAUGAAAUAUGAACAAUCUAAUUUAAGUCCUGUUGUUGUUGUACCUUUAUUUGAAGAUGAAUCUCGUCCAAAACAAAAAUCAACUAAUGGACUUUUACCAGGAAAAUCUUUUCGUUCACAACGAAGAGAUUCAUUAACAAUGAUUACACAAUAA